AUGGACAUGGACAGAGGCGGCCAAGUAGAGCCCAGCGGCGGAGUACCCCAGCGAUUCAGCGAUGACCUCUCGCAGUCCUCGCCCGCGGAAUCCCCUAAUCGUGCUCUGGUGGCCACGGACACGUUGGACCGAAAUCGAGAGCGAUUAAAAUCAUUACAAGACGAAUGGGACCAGUUUCUGUUAGAUGGUUCGGAACUGGGCCAUGGGUCCCUCCCUGACAACGAAGCCUUGCUACUCGACCAGAGCCGGCGACUUCACGCGGCGUGGAGCAAAUUCCGCCACAAUCUCCCCAAAGACCAGCAGAUAAAACUCGGGGACCAUGAAAGGCCAGAUAUCAAGUUUCUUGUGGCCGCAGUAAAAAAGGCAUCCGCGACAUGGCAGUCGGGUCGAGAGGAAAGCACAAUGGGCAAGGUCAAAUCCAAAUUCCACAGCUUAUGUGAGACCUGCCAUAAACAUAGUUCGCUGCUGGCAAUCAUUCCCAAGGAUGACAAGUAUGUUUCCUUGUUGACAGGGUCUCUCUCUGCCAUCGCUCAGGCUACUAUCAAUCACCGGAAUAUCGCCGAAGGAGUGGCUGAUACGCUCGACGACCUGUGUCAUAAUAUUGAUUUCUGGAACAGACAGAUGAUGAAGCAUGGAGAAAGCCCUACUCUUCGUCAAUAUAUCCAGGAAAUUUAUAUCGUCGUCUUUGAGUUCUUCACUGAGAUAUUCAACAAAUGGUCAAAGUCUGGCUGGAAACGCUUAAUCACCAGUUUCGAUGGGAGCGCAUUCGACCAGCUUUUCACAUCCAAGAGAAAUCUAAUUAUGAAAAUCGAACGCCGCAUGGAACGCGAUAUCGAGCUCGAUGAUGACCACCGCAAAAACUUGAGAAUGGACAGGAUCGAGGCAAUCUUGAGUCACUUACCGCUCCAAAUGGAGGAGAAGCAAAAAUUACUCUUCGGGGACUUCCAAAGAUUUCUAGAGCAACAAUCAUUCCGUCUAGAAGUACCCCAGCCGGCCUCAAACACAAGCAUGAUUGAAGGUACAGGAAAAGCGACCUCAUCUAAUCCUACCAGUGACAGUAAACCCUCGCCCCCAGAACCAGAAGCCAACCUAGCCCAACGAGCGCAUUACCGGUACAGCCGCACCGAGAUCCAGGCAGAACUGACAAUCUUCACAAGCCAGUGGAUGAAUCAGGUUGAUUACUUGAUUCAGGCCGUCAACGAGUCAUCUGUUCUCCAGCUAAAUAAGGAGGUGCAUCGUCGCCUAAUGACAUGGCUGCGAGGCCUCAACUCAACUCAUUUAUGGAUUCAUGGGCCUUACGACGUGUCACGACCCAGCCAAAAUUCCAUAACCACGUUGUCUCUAGCGGCACUGGCACGGACCAACAACAUCCCCUGUAUCUUCUACUUUUGCACGUUCACAGGCCAUCAUGAGUCUGGGGUGUCAAAGGGUGUCGAUCUAGGAUCACUCCUUGCCUCCAUUGUGAUGCAGCUUGUCCAAUUCAUCCCAGAUAAAGGCUUCACCGAGACGGAUUUAUCUCCUGCACGCUUUGGUGCCCUCGCGCGGGGCGCUUUGAGCGUGGUCGAGACACUCCAGCUGAUACGCGAUGUUCGGAAUGUCGGUCCGAGUUUAGUGUAUGGCUUCUUAGAUAACGUUCACGUCCUGGAGGAUCGGUCCGAUGAAGCCUAUACCCGCGACUUCUUGAAAACUAUCGCGACAUUGUGUAAGCUGGAUCGCGGGAGCCAGCUCCCUGAACAUGCUGUAACAACGAACGAUAACGAGGCAGUUCCGGGGACGAAGAUUUGUUUUACUACAGAAGGAUACGUGGAUAGUCUGGCACAGGCUGAAGAGCUGCAAUUGGUCGAUAGGGUUGAGUUUGAUAUUGAGAUAAAGGACCCCAUGGCAGUGGAGGUCGGUGAACAAGUUGUUUGGGAUGGUGAGGGCUGCAGGGAUGAGUGA